CAAAUAGAAUUAUUUUUAAUUUAACAUAUUUUUAUAUAAAUAUAUAUUUCUUUUUUUAAUUUUUCAUUGAUCAAUAACAAAAUGUCAGUAUCGGCAGAAAUAGACGUUCCAAAAAUGCGAACUAUUAAUUAUGGUUUAGUGCUAUUAUUUAUUCAUUUUCAUUUAUUCGCUUUUUAUGGACUUUGGCUAAUGAUUUUCCAAGUGCAAUGGAUGACAAUGCUGUUUGUUGCUUUUCUCUUAUUGAUUGGUUAUAUCGGAAUUACCCUAGGUGCCCAUAGAUAUUUGGCACACCGAACAUUUGAAAUUGAGAACAGUCUUAAAUAUUUUUUCAUCCUAGCACAUACUCUUGCCGGUGUGGGUCCCAUGUACAAUUGGGUUUUAUAUCACAGGUUGCAUCACAAAUUUUUCAGAACUGAUAAAGAUCCUUAUUUAACUCAUAAAGGAUUCAUGUAUAGUUAUUUUUGGAGUUAUCUCUUAGAUUUUCCUUACACCGAGGAAGAAUUAAAAAUGGAUAUAGAUAUGCGAGACAUCACUGUACCAUCCAUUUCUUUACAAAAAGGAUUAUAUUGGAUUUAUUUCGCAGUGAUAACGUUAUUAAUUCCUAUCUACAUCCCCAUAGCAUAUUGGAACGAGAACCUCAUUAAUUCUAUUUUUGUUGUGGGAUUUCUACGAUUAACUAUAAUGUACAACGUAUCAAAGAUGGUGAACAGCGCUAUUUUGGUUUGGGGUCUUAAACCAAAUGAUAAGUUUCCAAUUGAGGAUAAUACGAUGUUCUUUUUGAACAAAAGUUAUUGGAUGAAUUAUCAUUAUUUUUUACCUUGGGAUUGGAAAAGUACAGAAUUUGGCCCAUACGAUAAAGGUUUGACUAUAUUAUUGAUUAAAAUUUUUCGUAAUAUGGAUCUCUUGUACGCUCCUAAAACCAUAUCGAAAGAAGAUAUAAGAGAAGUAAUUGUAAAAGUUGCAAAUAAGGAGAUGUCAUGGAAAGAUUCGUUAAUUCUAUUGAAGAAACAAAGCGAUGAAAAUGCUUUAAAGAAAAAUCUUCGUUUUAAGCAUUAAUACGUAUUAAUUAAUUAAUACAUGUGUAUUUUAUAAUAUU